AUGCGUCUACAGUUCCUUUUCGCCCUCCUCAGCUUGGGCGGUGCUGCUAUCGCGGCCCCUCUAGCCAGCCAGGCUGGCGCUGAUAACAACGACGGGGGUAUCGGUCUAGGUGGCGGCGGCGGUGGCGGCGGCGGCGGAGGAGGAGGAGGUGGCGGAAUUGGAGGAGGGUUCGGUGCUGGUGUUGGCGGAGGCUUUGGAGCUGGAGGAGGUGCUGGAGCUGGAGGAGGUGCUGGAGCUGGAGGAGGUGCUGGAGCUGGAGGAGGUGCUGGAGCUGGAGGAGGUGCUGGAGCUGGAGGAGGUGCUGGAGCUGGAGGAGGUAAAGGAGGUAGUGAAGGUGGUGGUAAAGGUGGCUGUCGCAAGUAG